GCGGCUCAGCCUCCUCGCACUCCCCGCCUGCCUCCCGGGGACGGAGGACCUGCUCCCCUGGGAGAUCGGACUCGUCCGCUGACCUUGGACUCGGGCGCCGCUUAGCUGGCAGCUCCCGGCUGCACUUACCUGCUCAGUUGCAGGAACUCUGUGAGAAUCUCACUAUAUCUGUGCUCCAAUCACUGCACAUCCAAACGUCUCAGUAACCGAACGUCUCAGAAUACCGGGACCAAAAUACCGCAUAUCAGUCUGCCAGCGUUACACUUAAUAACUCCUGUAACCUCAUGGACUCCUAAAUCUGAUGUUUGCCCAGGAGACACCAUGGCCGGUGCUGCGGUUGUGGUUCUUGGAUUGUUUCGCGGCUCUGCUGGACCUCGCUGCCCUCAGGUUGCUUCGCUGAGACUGAUGCCCAGCACUUUACGCCGCCUGUCUCUGACUAGUGUAAUGAAAUCCAAAAGGAGAACUGACCACAUGGAGAGAACUGCAAAUGUCACUCGACAAAAGGUGCUGUCGCCAGCUAAGGUGUGUGGGAUUGCCAGCGAGUCCCCGAAAGUGAAGAGGCUGCGCUUGCUUGUCGCUGAGAAAGAGUUCUCCUUUAAAGCUGGCCAGUGGGUGGAUUUCUUUAUCCCAGGAGUCUCUGUGGUUGGUGGGUUCUCAAUAUGCUCCAGCCCCGCCCUGUUGGAACGAGAGCGAAUGAUAGAACUGGCAGUGAAGUGUACAGAGCACCCUCCUUCUCUCUGGAUUCACAACCAGUGUGCACUGGACGCCGAAGUGGCCCUGAGAGUGGGCGGAGAGUUCUACUUCGACCCCCAGCCUACAGACCCAUCUAGAAACCUGGUGCUGAUCGCAGGGGGUGUCGGGAUUAACCCUCUGCUUGCCAUCCUGCGGCACUCGGCAGACCUCCACCGAGAACGUGCAGACAAAGCGAGUGGCUAUGAAGUAGGAAGGAUAAAACUGUUCUACAGUGCCAAAGACACCAGUGAGCUCCUGUUUAAGAACAAUAUCCUCGACUUAGUAAAUGAGUUUCCCGAGAAGAUUGCAUGCAGUUUGCAUGUCACCAAGCAGACCACAGAAAUCAGUGCGGAACUCAAGCCAUACAUCACAGAAGGAAGAAUAACAGAGAAGGAGAUAAGAGAUCAUAUUUCAGAAGAUACUUUGUUCUAUAUAUGUGGCCCACCUCCAAUGACAGACUUUUUCUCCAAGCAGCUGGAAAAUAGCCAAGUUCCCAAAGAACACAUCUGCUUUGAGAAAUGGUGGUAGGGAGCAAGCGAAGAUAGAAGAGAAAGCUGUAAGAUCCACUCGGCAAAAACAGAUCUUGUGUGAUCUGUGGCAAGAGGAGCUUUCUUCUGCUUGGUCUUUUUUCUAAGUUGUGAAAUAAGAGGCCAACUGAAGGAUAAAAGAAAAGCCAACUGACAGACUUAAGGGAUAAACUUUCUGCAAAGACUUCAUGGAUUUUUGCUGUAUUGACUUUUUUUUUUUUUUUCACUAAUAGCUUUUUGAUUAUCUCAUGAUGUGCCUUGAAUGGUCAAUAUAGAUUUUAUUUCCCCUUGGGGGGAAAAGACGUAUACUUAUAUUUAAUCAUAUGAAAAUGUGAUUUUUGUAUGGGAAAUGUGAACUCUCUUGAAAUUAUUUAACAACCUAUAUCUUAUGUUCAAUAAACUUUUAAUUUAACCACU